CUCGGCCAGGCGUCCGUCAGGGCGUUCUGCGGAAGUAAAACCCCAUUACACACAACAACAAAUAUGGAGGGCGAUAUUUCAGAUAUGAACAGACCUCAAAUGUAUUUAUUCGGUUGUACCCUCAAAUCAGACAAACGGGAGUACAAAGUUGAUGUCGACGACGAUGAAACGGAGCAACAGCUGUCUCUCAAAGCGGCUUGCCUGGGAGCCGAGGCUGAGGACAAGUUCCACACGGUGGAGUUGGAGGCGCUCACUUAUGACGGAAAGGCCACCAAAGUACCGCUGGUUGUGCUGAAGCCAUCUGUGCUGCCUUCUAUGAGUUUAGGUGGAUUUGAGAUCACGCCGCCAGUUACUUUCCGUCUCCUGUCAGGUUCCGGACCGAUACACAUAAGUGGACAACAUUUUGUCAGUGUGAGAGAUUCAGACAAUGGCGAGGAAGAACACAACACAUCGCCUGUGAAGCGUCCAGCUAGCCAGAUGUUGGGGAAAAAGGUUUCAAAGAAAAAGCUAAAAAUGGACUCUGACGAAGACAGCGAAGAGGAGGAGGAGGAGGAGGAGGAUGAUGAUGAUGAUGAUGAAGAUGAGGAUAGUGAUGAAAAUGAAGUCACGCCCCAGAUGAGCGUCAAAAAAGGCCCGGAAAUAUCGAAGAAGGCCAACAAAAGUCCGAUGAAACAAAAUGGCCCUGCGUCGAAACCAUCAGGAUCGGGGAUUAAACCACAGGUUAAGACACCUGUUCCAGGAAGAGACAAAGCGCAGGCCGGCCCGUCUAAAUCUCCGUCUUUGGCCGAGAUAAAGAGCAAGUUGUCGACGGCGGCCAAAGAGGGGAGACCGCUGCCCAAGACGGAGCAGAAGUUUGAGAACUUUGUCAAGAGUUCCUUUAAAAUCUCCGACAAAAAAGUAAGUAGUCAAGGACCUGUGGGGUUUUGUGACGACGCUGAAGAUGGAGAAGAAGUAGACGACUCCGCACUUAAAAUGCAUUUCUCUCUUUUUUGCAUCCAUCGGGUGAUUUAAAGGCACAGUCGGCAAAUUUUCUACUUAGCCUUCUUUUCCAUGUCGACGCCGCCAAUAGCGUAUGACUCGGACGUGUGGCAACACUCUUUCACUGGGGGCACGUUUGGCGGAAGAGUGGUUUCGCCAAAUGCAGAAAGGAGCCCAUCUUGUCAGCCUGCACCACCUGUAGCGCAGCAAAGCGAGAGCGCGGCCAGUACAGACCUGCAGACGUGCCGCUUCGAUAACACGCAGGACACCUGCCCGUUUUACACUUGCAGCAAAUACAUUGAGUUCAUGACACAAAACAUUGGACGUGUUCAA